UAGAAUGAAGCCGGUUGCUUGCACAUGCGCAGAAGGGAACAGCAAAAUGGCGGCCUCCAUGAGCAGCGUUUGUGUGACACUGAGCAGAUGCGUGUGGAAUAAAAGCGGAUUAAUUCCCGCAGUCAGGAGGAUUUCUGCUGCUGCAGUCUGUUUACAGACACACAGCAGCUCGGAUGGAGGAGGUUCUUCUGUAACUGAGAGCACAGACGAGUUCCGCUUCGUGGAGCGACUGAUUCCCCCGACACGCAUCCCACCUCCACCCAAACACACCGGCCCCGCCCCGUCCGGCUGGACCCCGCCCUCAGAAACGCCUCCAUCGCUGCCCUACAUGAUCCGACGCUCCCGAAUGCACAAUAUUCCUGUUUACUCCGACAUCAAGCACGGAAACCAGAAGAGCACCGUCGUGCGUAAGGUGGAGGGAGACAUCUGGGCUCUCAAUAAGGAUGUAAAGGAACAUCUGCAGCAGCUGACGGGCAGAGAGCCGCCCACGAAGGUCAACGAGGUCACCAUGAGCAUCCGCAUUAAAGGCCAGUUCGAUACGGAGCUGAAGGAGUGGCUGCUGAAGCUGGGCUUCUGAUCAGCGCAGACUCAUUAUUAUUAUUAUUAUUAUUAUUAUUAUUAUUAUUAUUAUUAUUGUUACACAUAACAGUGUGAUUAAUACAGAAAGCUGGUGCAGUGAAAUCUGAUUAACGCAGUGUGUGUUUUACACCAGAUGUGUUUCCUGAUGUGUCCAGCUGUGUGCAAAUAAAGUUAAACUGCUAAAUAAACUUUAUCACUGACUCUACAACA